GCAUGGUUUAUUUGUAUGAGAUUUUGUUUACUAUAAGGUCAGUGAGUAAGAACUUACAAUCUUAAUCUAUGUCCAUUGAUAAUGCUUUAAAACAAGUAGGUGUAGUUCUGUUUUUGAUAAAUAUAGAAACGAAGAGUUUACUUCUAAUUUGAGUAUAGAUGAAAGUAUUGCUUGUCAUAUAGAUGUUGAUCCUAUAUUUCCAAGUAAGUGUGUAGUUUCUUUAGGAAAAAACAGUUUGAUAGAACUAAGUUAGGUGAAAAAGUACUAGCAUGUGAAGAUGGAUUUAUAAUUAAUAUUUUUAGUUGUGGUGGACACGUUAAGAUCAUAUUUGAUCAAAUGGUGAAUUUUAAAAGUGUUUCUUAUUUGAUUUGAGAAAAUUAAAUGCAUUAGAUGAAAUGAAAGUGAACUACAAGAAAAUUAUACUGAUUUUUACAAAGCAACUCUCUCAGUUUAGGAAGUUGUCUUGAAACAACACAGUGACACACACACACUCUCUCUUGUCUUCCCUUCUGUUCUGUGUCUUGUGUUAUCGUUCACACUUCACAGAUUCUUCUUGUAAUAGUCCCACGAGAAAAUUCACAGUAGGACCCAUAGAGUUAAUGCACUCCAAAGACAAAAUGUGCCCUAUAGAGCAAUGCACUCCAUCAUAUUCUUGUAACUUGUUUGACUUUUCUACACUAACCAACCAACCACACAAAAAAAAAAACAAACAAUAUUUUUUUCUCUCUGUUCUUUCUGAUUAUUAUUUUUCUUACAAUUCUCCAUUGACAAACUAAACCUCACGACUAGUCAACUAGCACGACCGUAGACUUAUAAAUAUUUUUAGCUUUAUAAAAAAAUGCACACUCUUCAUAUGAUCUCUCUCCCCCUACCUCUAACAAGCUUUUGUCAUGGCUUCGUUCUUCUUAUUCGUCCUGUUUUCCCUCUUCUUCCUCUGCACCCAUGUCUCUUCCGCGGAUACAAUCUCCGCUGACUUCACUCUCUCCGGAGACCAGACAAUCUCAUCCUCCGGCGGAACUUUCAAAAUGGGUUUCUUCCAACCUGCUACUUCAUCAAACUUCUACAUAGGUAUGUGGUACCAGCAACUUCCUCAACAAACUAUCGUCUGGGUAGCUAACCGAGACAAACCAGUCUCCGACAAGAAAACAUCACUUCUCAAAAUCUCCAACGGUAACUUAGUUCUACUCGACGGAAACAACCAGACUCCAGUUUGGUCGACCGGUCUCAACUCUUCCUCUGCUCACGACGCCGUUUUGCAAGACGACGGCAAUCUCGUCCUCAGAGACGACUCCGGCUCUCUUCUAUGGCAAAGCUUCGAUCAUCCCGGUGACACGUGGCUUCCCGGAGCUAAAAUCCGGUACGACAAACGAACCAAGAAAAGUCAACGUCUCACGUCGUGGACGAGUGUUGAAGACCCAUCACCAGGUUUGUUCUCUCUGGAGCUAGACGAGUCAACAGCUUACAAGAUCCUCUGGAACGGGUCGACUCAGUACUGGUCGAGUGGUCCUUGGAACCCUCAGAGCAAGCUCUUCGAUUCAGUUCCAGAGAUGAGACUCAACUACAUCUUCAACUACAGCUUUUUCUCCAACGCAACAGAGUCAUACUUCACUUACUCCAUCUAUAACAAGGCCAACAUCUCACGGCUCGUCAUGGACGUUUCGGGUCAGAUUAGGCAGUCCAGUUGGUUAAACAACAACAACCAGAGGAACCUGUUCUGGUCUCAGCCUCGGCAGCAAUGCCUAGUCUACUCUUACUGUGGCUCCUUUGGGAUUUGCAGUAGCAAGUCUCAGCCUUUUUGCCAAUGCCCUCGUGGGUUUAGACCCAAGUCGCAAAAAGAUUGGGACUUGAAGGAUUACUCUGCAGGCUGCGUUAGAAAGACUGAGCUACAAUGCUCUCGUGGAGUCGUUAACCAGUUUCUGCCUCUUACCAACGUGAAACUACCUGACAUUUUAGAGGUAUGGGGGAUAACUAGUUUUAGUAUUUGCGGAUCAGCUUGUCUAGGGAACUGUUCAUGUAUGGCUUAUGCACAUGACGAAAGCUCGAACAGAUGCUUGAUGUGGACGAAAGAUGUCUUCAAUCUUCAACAAUUCGAAGAAGAUUACAGUGAGGGGAAUACACUUUAUCUUAGACUCUCUGCUUCUGACAUGCCUAGUAGUUCUACUUCCGGUAAGAGUAACAAAGCGGUGAUAUUUGGCGCGGUUCUAGGGUCGUUAGGGGCGAUAGCUCUUGUUCUGUUGGCGGUAAUCAUAAUGUUAAGGUACUGUAGGAGAAAGAGAAUGAGAGGAGAGAAGAGUGAUGGUACAUUGUGAUAAGCUACGUCAAUGUUAUUAUACGAAACAGAGGAGGUGUGACUUAGUGAACUAAAUGGGAAGCUUAGCUGGAAGAGAUAAGCUUAUUCAUUGGUUUACUUUUCAUUUCAAUUAGUCACAAAUAGAUUUUGAAAAAAAUUCAAAAAAAUAUGACAAUUCUGUUUUAAUACAUAGUUGAAUAAUGUAAUAACAUAUGAUGAAGUUCAAAGAGGUUUGGAACC